AUGGCAAAGAUUCUGACGAAUAUGAUCACGAAUUUCGCAAAGACUGGUGAUCCCUCCACAAAACGAUUCGCGUGGCCAAUGUUCGGCGGCAAUAAAUCAUUUGAACAUGUCUCCAUCAACCUCCCACCAAAGGUUAUACAAGGAGAACUGCAUUGGCCCCAUCCAAAAUUCUGGAAUGUCGAGGCCGAGCUUAUCAGUCGUCACGCCACUUCCGAAGGAGAGGUCCCUGUUGAUCCAGAUGCCGACCUAACAAACGAGGAGCGGGUUCAGUUGAGCGCCUAUCGACGAGCAUGGUGGGCUCUGUGGUUGCUGGUGGCCGUGCUGGCGAUCGUCAUCUGGGGUAUUGUCAUUUAUGUGGUCGUCUCGAAAGGCAGCAGCCCACGAAACAAACCCUACGAUAACAUCGUCAUUACCCGAUGA